CCUUUGUUAGCAGGCACGAAUAUCUUAAUAACUCCAGCAACCAGCCGACGCAUCAAUAACCCAAUAGGUUUGGCCUACUACACAGGAUUACUCAUUAGUGGUGUAAUAAAACAUACUAGAAUUCACCUGUAUUUUAUAGCGAUACACAACUUACACAUAGACACGGCUGUUGGUAGUAUAAAGAGAUUACAAUAUCACGAGUGCAAUACGAAAUACUGCCCAAGGUUUUAUCAUCGUUUGGGAUCAUUUAUCAUAUAAGGCGAGAACAAAACAUGCCGGACACCUCGCCAGCGCAGAUACUAUGCGGAACCCAAGGACCGGACCAAGGACAAUGUCGACACAGACAUAUAGAACUACCUGGUAGUAACUUACCUGAUCCGCCCAAUGGCUGGCCAGAUAUAAGAGGUCUUAAUCAGCUUCAGGCCAGCCGCGAGGAAUGGCUCAACGGCGAUGCUCUCGAUAAAGCGCUAAAGGUGUACCAUAACAGCCUACCGAAGUUGGCCAGGGGCAUGAUCCACAUUGCAGACACGAGUAUUGAAGGAAUAUUUGGGACUAACGAGAAGACGUUUCAGGACAUAUUAACAAGAAACUAUGGCAGAUUCUGUCGGAGCCUUAGGCGGACCGAAUACACCCUGUGGCCGAUGAACAUUCAUGGUAACCAUUGGGAACUAGGUGUUGUCCGUAAACAGAAUCCGACUAAGAAAGAUGAUGGAUGGACAAGAAUUGUUCAAGUAGGCAUUAUUGAUUCGUGGGAAGAUUCAACGAGGGGACCUAGAAAACAAUUCGCUGAAGGUCGACUGCAAAAGUUCCUCAGAAAAAAUCAAUUCACGUUUGCUCGAGGUCACCAGCGCGAUAUAUCUACAGCCCGGCAGUUAGACACCUGGAGCUGCGGUCUCCGAACGUUUUGGGCAGCGAGGCAUAUUAUGGACCGGAUAGUGGAUAUGGAGCGAGGUGGUUCCUAUCAUUAUAACGAAAACCUCUGGGAAGACAUGACCGGGUGGUUUAACCCUGACUUGGUGCGAUGGGAGAUGAUUGGCCUUACCGCAUACGAAGCUGUUCAGGAAAUGGGCUACAGAGCACGUAUCGCGGUGGAAGUGGUUAAAACUACUCGGGACGGAGCUCGAGACGUAGACGCGGCAACUUUGAUGCAGCCGCCCGAAGGCGGGGAGUCAGUCGUAGUAUACAACGCAGACAAUAGAAAGCGAGUAAGAGAAGAUGAUGAUGAGCCACUACCUUCCAGUUCAAGAAGAAGGAUUGGGAAACUACCGGUCUCCAAUAGACCGAAAGUAGCAGCGGAUUAUACGGCAGAUGAUGAUUACGAGACCUUCGAGGAGAAGAAAGCCAGAGUGGUCUUUCCGCCUGACGAAGCAGGCCUUAAUCCUUCGUCUAGCACUCCUAUGACAAAGACAUCUUCUCAAGGCCAGGAGACCGAUUGGAGAUCUGAAGCUAAAGGGAGAAAUACAAGAAAUCCAAACGGAGGCAGGGGCAACAGGGGCAAUAGGGGCAGGAAUUAGCCGUUCCUUUGAUAUUUCUGAAGCCUACUACUUAUUACGUCUAUGAGAAAACUUGAUGAGUGUGAAUUGGAGAAUGAUCGGGAUAGGGGGAUGCGGAGGUAUGGGAACAGGGGACGUGGGACGUUUAGAGUUGUAAGAGUCUUAGGUGGGAGUUCAGGCGCUUUAGCCCUAUAUGUACUUUGUAAAUUUUAUGGCUCUUUUACUUACAUUGACAUUAUACUUGAGGGUUUUUGCACGGUUAAUUUAUCACUUAUUACUAGAUAAGUGAUACGUUAAGCAAACGGAGCAUACUUGUAUAGAGGAGGUUAGGAGGUGCAGUACGUGAACCUACAUACCUUAGGUAACUAAUAUAUGCUGAAUUGUGCCCUCAAACAUGAUAUCCUACCUUAUGUACCCAACAUUGAAAGUGCUUGAGAACUUUACAUGUAUAAUGCACUUAAUCUCGCCUUACUUACAUCUAUCU